CCGCUGGCCUCUACCACGCCGCGCAGUGCGCGGGAGGGCGUCUCGCCGGCCUCAGCGCUGUAGCCUUUGAGGAAGCGUCCCGCAGCUCCGGGCUCUCUCGCCUCCUUCCUCUGGCCGACUCCCCUACGUGUCGCUGUGGAACGGACCGAACCCGGAACUCAGCGCUGCUGAGAGGUCGCGGAAGAUGGAGGUAAUGGAGCCCAGCCUGGGCGGCAGGGCGGGCAGCAGCGCCGACAGCCUAGCCGAAGAGGAAGAGGAGGAAGAUGACGAGGAGGCUCCUACCAGCGGCCGGUCUAGCCGCACCUCGUCGCUGGUGAGCGGGCUGCUCACCGAACUCUACAGCGCUGCUGAGGUAGCCGGCCCCCCGGGCAGCGCUCGCUCCCGCGUCCUUCGGGAGCUGCAGCAGCGGCCGAGCCAGGUCAAGUACCUGCGGCUGAAAGGUGUCGAUGAAUUGACAACUAUAAAACGAGAACUGAGCUAUAGGAUUUCUGUUCAGUCAGCAAAGUUGCUUCGUCUGCUGAAGCAGAAAGACAGGCUUCUACAUAAAGUCCAGAAGAACUGUGAUAUCGUCACAGCCUGCUUGCAGGCGGUUUCCCAGAAACGAAGAGUUGAUACAAAAUUGAAAUUCACUCUUGAACCAUCUUUAGGUCAAAAUGGUUUUCAGCAGUGGCAUGAUGCACUCAAAGCAGUGGCCAGAUUGCCGACAGGCAUACCAAAGGAAUGGAGGAGAAAGGUUUGGCUGACCCUAGCUGAUCAGUACUUACACAGCAUAGCCAUCGACUGGGACAAAACCAUGCGUUUCACAUUCAAUGAAAGAAGUAAUCCUGAUGAUGACUCUAUGGGCAUCCAGAUAGUAAAGGACCUUCACCGAACUGGUUGUAGUUCUUACUGUGGCCAGGAGGCAGAGCAAGAUCGAGUGGUAUUAAAACGCGUUUUGCUGGCGUAUGCCAGGUGGAAUAAAUCUGUUGGCUACUGUCAAGGAUUUAACAUACUAGCUGCACUUAUUCUGGAAGUAAUGGAGGGCAAUGAAGGGGAUGCCUUGAAAAUCAUGAUUUACCUAAUUGAUAAGGUGCUUCCUGAUAGCUAUUUUGUCAAUAAUCUCCGUGCUCUCUCUGUGGAUAUGGCUGUUUUCCGAGAUCUUUUACGCGUGAAGCUUCCAGAGCUAUCCCAGCACUUGGACACCCUGCAAAGAGCUGCUAACAGAGAAAGUGGAGGAGGCUAUGAACCCCCACUUACAAAUGUCUUCACCAUGCAGUGGUUUCUGACCCUCUUUGCCACUUGCCUGCCUAACCAUACAGUUCUGAAGAUCUGGGAUUCAGUAUUCUUUGAAGGCUCUGAAAUUAUACUGAGAGUAGCUUUGGCUAUCUGGGCAAAAUUAGGAGAGCAAAUAGAGUGUUGUGAAACUGCAGAUGAGUUUUAUGGUACCAUGGGUAAGCUGACCCAGGAGAUGCUGGAAGACAGUCUGAUUGACAGCAACGAACUCAUGCAGACUGUUUAUGCCAUGGCUCAGUUUCCUUUCCCACAGCUGGCAGAAUUAAGAGAGAAAUACACAUACAACAUUACUCCUUUCCCUGCAGCAGUAAAAUCGACUUCACUUUCAGGAAGGCUAGGGAGAGCCAAAGACAGUGAUGAGGAGAAUGACCUAGAUGAUGAAGAUUCAAUUGCCAAUGUGAUUGGCUGUCUUGGACCAUUAAGUGGGUUUUUGGCACCAGAACUCCAAAAAUACCAGAAACAGAUGAAAGAUCAGAAUGAAGAACAAAGCCUGGGUUCCAGCAGCAUUGCAGAACUAAGCCCAGGAGCAAUAGACUCUUGCCGCAGUGAGUAUCAUGCUGCUUUUAACAGUAUGAUGAUGGAGCGUAUGACCACUGACAUCAAUGCACUGAAAAAGCAAUAUUCCAGGAUAAAGAAGAAGCAGCAACAGCAGGUUCACCAUGUGUGUAUCAGAGCAGACAAAGGGCCGGUUACAAGCCUCCUGCCUUCUCACGUAAACCAUUCCCCAGUCAUAAACCACCUCCUUUUAGGAAAGAAGAUGAAACUGAAUAAUAAGUCUCUCAAAAAUGCUGUUAUUCACAUCCCAAGUUAUGCUACAGGGAAGAUGUCUCCCAUUCCACAAGAAGAUCUUAAAACAAAACUGAACUCUCCGUGGCGAACUCACAUACGAGUCCACAGGAAGAAUAUUGCCAGAGUCAAGGGCCAGCUGGGCUAUGGUGACACCAUAGGGCUGAUAGAUGAGCAGAGUGAAAGCUGUAAGACAAAUAGUCCUGGUAGGAAGGAAGAGACUUCCAAACAUUCUGGCUUUGAAGAAAGGAAAGGAGGUGGUUUGGAUGACAGGACUACUCAAGAAACUGACUGGCAGACGUCUGAGACUGCCUUUACAGACAGCACUGCAAACAUGUCUGUGGUUCAGCUAAAACUGGAAGCACUGGAACUUACCUCAGAUAACAGAGCUGAUGCUGAGUCAACGUUGCAUCAGUCUGUCCAGCCACGGUUAUCAGAGUCCUCCAGUUCAUCCAGCAACAGUGGAAACCUGGCUAAAUCUCAGCCUGGGAACCCAAAGCCACAAGUCUUCAAUCCUUUUCCUAGUGUCAAACCUCUCCGAAAAUCAGCUACAGCCAGGAAUUUAGGGCUGUAUGGCCCCACAGAGAGAACGCCAACUGUGCACUUCCCACAGAUGAGCAGAAGUUUCACUAAGUCUGCCAAUGGCAACAGUGGGACCAGAAAACGAUGAUCUGCAACAACAACAAAAAUGUGUCAUUUGGUUUCAGGGGUUUGUCGGGGUUUUGGUGUUUUGUUUUGUUUUUAACUAAAAAAAAAACCAAAAAGUGUUUGUGUAUGCAUGUCCCAAAGCAUUUCUGAUCUGUAAAUAAUGGGGACAAAAGGCUUACUGGAUGUGUAAAUACGUGUCUUUGAGAAUUGUGUUCCCAUGUUGUUACAGGGUAGGUUAACGCAGGAGCACUCUGCCACCCUGCUGUUGGGUCUGUGGGAAAAUAAGCACUGAUUUGCAGUGUGAAGUAAGCAGUCUCUUGAAACCUAACUGGGACGUAAAACCACCGUCUGCCUUUCAAACCCUCAGCAUGGCCAUGGCUGCUCAAAGCUUGAAGGAUAAGUUAUCUGAUGCAGCAGACACCUGUGGCAGUUUUUAUGACUGUUAGGCAGCCUUCCCCAUUAGACCUCAUCGUCACGCUCUCCGAGUAGCUGGAGAAGGCACAAAUAACAGAAGCACAAGCAGCCCUAGCAAUCCAAACUAUCACUUUGUGUCUGGCCUUACCACUUACCUAUUGGGCCAUCUGGCUUCAGAUGUUCUUGAGCAACGAUUUAUGCUUCUCUUCUCACAGAAGUUCUCUGCUAGUACAUUUUUUAAUAUAGAUGUGAUCAGUGAGCAUGAGAAUACCAUAGACAAGCCCAUCCACGCCACUGGUUUGCUCUUUUUCUGUUACAUAUGUACAUCCAUACAUUUCUGUUCCUUGCUGCUGGAGGAUUGCAGCACUACAGAAUUAGGAAUUGAGAUGCAACUCUAUGUGUAGUUGUAUGAAUAUUACAGUGUAUCUUGCCUUCACUGGAUUUAAAAGCUAUUUCCUAGGUUAGGCUUGUAAUUAAAUCGUAUUUGCUGGUUUAGCAAUAGGUGAAAUAUAUGAAUGUUCCAGAGUAGUUUAGGGCAUUAAAUUCUGUAGAGUGAUUAGAUACUUAAAGGGCCACUUACCAUUAAUAGCCAACACAAACACAUCUAUGUGAGUGGGAUGGACUCAUGGGACUGCCACAGGCUUGAUCCUGGUUUGGUGUGAAAGAGCACUGGCAAAACAAUAAGCCAGAUACUUCCUAAUGAAAAAAAAACAAAGCUGGUGAAUACCAUUAAACUCUUUAUAUGUUUUAAACCUUUCUCCCUCUGUAUCUGACAGGCAGCGAAGCUAAAUGUGGGUAAGUGGACUUCAAGGCUGCAAAAUCAGGCACUCAAACUCCCAAGAAAUUCAGGUUGCUCUGAAAGCUUUGCAGCUCUGCCAAAUUGUUCACAUUGACUGUGAUUUAUUCCUCUAUUGCUUCCAAGUUUUUCCUAUGCCAUGGAAGUGCCAUUAUUUUAGACUGAAGUAAAAGCAGUAAUGAUGAAUCAGUACCACUGUAUGUAAUUUCAUACUUCCUCUUUAACCAUAUUCUUUGUGCAGAUUAAUAGAUGAUUAUCUAUUUAUUCACAUGCCCCAUACCCUAUAGAAUGUGAUGUUGGUUUUACUGUGUGCCAUAAAUUAGAAGCUGUACUAUAUACCUUGUUUGUUGUUGUGGGGACAGUUUUACUUUGUCAUCGUUUCAUACAAGUGUGUGCAUAUAAAAUAAUAUACAAGUAUGAACACUAUAAAUAGAAAACUGGUGUAGAUCAGGUCUUGCCCCUGCCUUAUUUUUGAGGUUCUAGCAGUAUGGUCACUGGUGAUUAUUUAUAGCACUUAGUACAUUUAAAACAACGUAGAACUUAGUUUCUGGUUAUGGACUGUUUGAGAAUCACUUCUGCCUUGAUUUAGAAGAAAUGGACUUCUCAGAAUCUUAACUGUGAAGCAGUUUCCCCCAGUUUUUCUUAUCUUCAGUGUAUUGUGUGGCUGUGUACUGAACCAAUAAAAAUAAAAGAACUGUCAUUCUGCAAAA